AUGAGUUAUGAUUCAUUUCAAAAAAUGAUAAGUAGAGAAAGAAUAAUAACUAAUAAAGAAUUUACCCUUUUUGUCAUUAUGCAAAUUAUAUUUACUUUCGAUUUUCAUAAAGUUUAAAAUGAGAAAUAAGAUAUGAAGAGUUAUGGAAUAUUACUCUAAAAAUUUAUUUGUCAAUCCCAAAAAUAAAAUAAAGAUAUGUUCACAUAAUUUUAUUUAUGCAUAAAAUGA